AUGAUGUCUGUGCAGCAGUACUGUCUCCGGUGGAACAACCAUCAGCCGAACUUCAUCUCGGUCUUCUCGACGCUGCUGCACAAUGAGAGCCUGGUCGACGUUACGCUGGCCGCCGAAGGGCGCCAACUGCAGGCGCACAAGGUCGUCCUUUCGGCGUGCAGCUCCUACUUUCAGUCACUGUUCACCGCCAAUCCCUGCCAGCACCCCAUCGUGAUACUGAAGGACGUGCAGUACAUCGACCUGAAGACGAUGGUGGACUUUAUGUACUACGGCGAGGUGAACGUGUCGACGGAGCAGCUGCCGCAGGUGCUCAAGACAGCCGAAAUGCUGAAGAUCAAGGGCCUGGCGGAGAUGCCGGACGCGUCGGCCGUCUGCAAGGCGGAUCUGAGCAAGCUGGACCCGUCCGAUCUGAUACAGGGAACCAACGUGGUGUCCGGCGCGCCCGGCGAAGCGAUAUGGGCCAGUGCGGAAUCUCAGCAGCAACAGCAGCAGCAGCAGCAACAGCAGCAACAACAACAGCAGCAGCAGCAACAACAGCAGCAGCAACAGCAACAACAACAGCAGCAGCAACAGGCACAACAUCAUCAGCAACAACAACAAGCACAGCAGCAGCAACAGCAGCAGCAGCAGCAGCAACAGUACCAUCAUCAGCAGCAGCUUCACCAGCAGCCUCAGCUGCGAAGGUCACCCUCCCCAACGACAAACAUGUCACCCGCGGCUCGGCGGAAGCGGUUACGGAAGACCUCGACCGGUUCGGGUUCCCUGUCCACGGAGCGGUUGCAGCAGCAACAGCAGGCGGCGGCCGUCGCCCAGCAGCAGGCUGCGGCGGCUGCUGCGGCCGCGGCAGCCGCCGCUGCCGCUCAGCAGCAGCAACAGCAGCAGCAGCAACAACAGCAGCAGUCCGACGAGCAUGGUUCCAGCACGGACGGUACGCUCAAUCUCGUGCCACACCUGCACAUUCAGCAACAGGUCGACAACAUAUCGUACACCACGGGACACGGGGCGCUAGCGCUGGGUGCGGCCACUGCGGCUGCGGCCGCCGCUGCCGCUGCCGCCGCCGGUAACAACAUUCGCAUCAUCAAGGAGAGCCCCAGCUCGGACGUUGACCAGCAGCAGCACGAGUCGUCGCAGGAAAGUGUCGACGAGACGGGCCACCAUAUUCCCAGCAUCAUCAAAACGGAAGACCUCAGUGGGGUCACGCAGGCCAUCCCGAUGGACAUCUCGACGACACCGACGACCGUGAACAUAACGCAGUCCCAGACGCAACACACCGGUGGGCAAUGGACGGUAAUCGAUACGAAUUAUCCGCGGUUUGGCAUUGCGUCCUGUCAGACGAAUUUAGGACUGCAGCAGCAGCAACACCAGCAGCAGCAAGCGCAGCAGCAACAUCAACAGGUACAACAAACCGUGCAGCAGCAGCAGCAACAACAGCACCAUCAGCAACAGCAGGCCAGUCAGCAGCAACACCAUCAGAACGAUAGUUUAGGCGGUGCCGGAAAUGCAAACAACGGCACGGCGAACGGUGGCGCCGGAGGGGCCGGCGGUGCGCCCAACGCCACCGCCAAUGCGAUCUCGAACGCGUCGGCCAGCAACUCGAACGCGACCACACCGCAGCCGACGACGCCGGUGCAGAUCUAUCAGCACCCAUUCUCGCCGCAGAUCAUCUCGGUCAACCCGAACAGCAUGGUCAACAGCUACCAACAGUCGUCGAACAUUUCGACCCCCACGUCACCGCAGGCCGGCACCGAGACGGCCCUGGUGUACAGCACCGGCACCCCGAAUCAGUCCCCGCUCGGGACGACCAGUGCCGGGCAGCCCGGUCAGGCUGGCAACGCUGGCAACGGGACCGCCGGAACGGCUGGUAACGGUACCGGCGGCAACGGGGCCGGCGGUGCCGGUGCAACCGGAGCGGGAGCCGGUGCGACCGGGACCGUGGUGCAGCCGGUCAAGCGGAAACGAUCCGUCAACCCGCAAGGGGACGAAAACUUCCUGCGAGCGCUCGAGGCGGUCCGAUUCGGAGGCAUCGGUUUCUGUAAAGCGGCCCGCCUGUACGGUGUCAACAAUCGAACCCUGUGGCUUGAGUACAAGAAGCGAGGGUACCCGAUCAGCCGGCCCAGCAUCAAGAAUCGCAUCAAGCUAGAACCGAACAUAUCGCCUCCACCGACAGCGACUACACCGCCCGGUGAUGAGAACGCCUCGAUGGAACACUACGAUACGGCCCUUUCGUCGCCGGCACUGAACAUGUCCCUGCAGCAGCAGCAACAGGCGGCUCAGCAGGCUCAGCAACAGCAACACCAAGCCACCCAACAGCAGGUGACGGCCGCGCAGCAGCAAACUCAGCAGCAGCACCAGCAAGCCCAACAGCAGCAGCAGCAGCAACAACCGCAGACAAACGACAACACCAACGUGGCUGCGGCCGCAGCGGCAGCCGCAGCGGUGGCGGCGUCCUCCACGCCCCUGAUGUGUCCGCCGCACGGUCAUCCGAUGGGCGUGAUGGGCUUUCUCGAUACCCGCCACGUAGACUUUACGACCGCGGCCGGCAUCCACCAAAUGUCCCGCCAGCGGUACCCGGACACGGCGACCGUCAACAUGAACACGGGCGCCGUCAACUUGCAGGGCCUAAACUUUAACUCCAUGUAAGGGGACGGGUGGCUUCGCGUGGUCGCCAUCAACAGUGGUGGUGGUUCGGGUACGGCGGGCGUCGUCGUUCCGAUCGAGGAGGAACCACCGUCGGAGGUGGCGGAAUCUUAAAGCCGGCCUGAACGGCACGUCGAAGCCACGGAAAAUGGAAUGUUGGGGAGUGCGUUACUACUGUGACCCUGGUUGAGGCCACAUUGUACAUAAUUGGAAUGUGUAUAAUUCGUGUUACUUUCUCUCCUAUUAUCCUUCCGGGUUCCGGUUCACCGCCAACCAUCAUCCACCGUCUGGUCCACAGUUAUUAAUUUAUGAUCUGCUUCUCGAUCCUGCUACUUGGUGGCCCCUGUGCAUACGGUUCAAAGGUAGAUUUCCUGUUCCAAAACGAGGCGGAGAACGCGGAGACUGUUGCGUGUCGCUGUCGGUCACAACGCUCAAGCGGUGGGUUGCACCGCGAUGUAUUGAACACUGGAAAAGGAGUGAAAUAUUCAAACUUGUAUAAACUCUACCGGAGCAGAGGACGCAUCAAUUGGCGCAACGUGUGUGUCUCUGUGCGUACGAUUUGUUACUAAUAGAGGUACUAAUAAACGGUAGAUUAGUAGCGAAAAGCGUCAUUCAUAGUGCAUAAAGAAGGGCGCGAGGGAGAAGAGAGCGAAUUUCCUGUCUGAAGAUGAGGUUUGUUUGAUGAAGGUGUGAAGCAAAGUAAAUAGUAUUUUUGUUAACUCUUUUUUAGCAAUUUGUACGUGUAUAUUAGGGGAAGUGUGGCAAGACAACACCAUGUGCGCGUCUCUGCUACGGAUGAUGUCAGUCAAUAAGUUCUAGCAAUAGGGAGACGACACCGUUCUCUCUGCGUCGUUUUUUGGAGCCCCUCCGAAUGUUCCCAGAAGCUACACACUAAAACAAAUAAAGUAAACACUCCAGUUCUCGAGGUCAUCUCGAGAUCAAUAUGCCAAUCAAUGUUUGGGCUGGGAAGGAAAUCGAUAAUCAAUGACCUCGUUCGGUCGCUCUCGCGUUGAGAAGAACGAUCGAGGCCAGCGUGCUCGCGUACACCCCCAGAUAAUCAAAUGGCACAAAAAAUGUUUCUUACGUUUUUAAGUUAUCGAAACUGGGGAUUAAUAUCAAAGAACAAAGAGAAACGACUAAAAGAUACCCGUAAUGGGGGCACAUAAAGUCAAAGAUAUCGUGAAAGAGCCACUUUAAAGCCAGUGAGAGGAUACUUCAAAGAGUGCGCGAGGGAGAGAGAACCAGAGAACAAACUGGAUAAAGCAAAUAACAACACACACUGUGUAUAGUAAAAAUCGCUAAAAUAAUAAACGUUAUUUUAAGAAACUUAAAGUUAAAAAAAGAAACAAAAAAAAACAGUAACACACUGGUAGCUGAAUGUGGGCUGACCUUUUCGGUUUCCACUCGUGUGGUGGUGUAGUGGUCGUGCGUGGAAGGUGGACAUAAGCAAAUGAAAGUGUAAACAGUCGUAUCUAUUAUUACAACACACAUAGUGAAUGUGGUCGAUGAGAAGCAAUGGAGAGCAUAGUAUAGUCACUCUGAAGAAGGGAGCAGAUCAAUAAAGCAAAAGCCCAUUGUCGUUAUAUCGAUGUGAGGAACAUCGUUGAACAAUACAAAUGAGACAAACAUAAGACAAACACGACAAACAAAUGAAAAGCGUAUUAACAUACACACAUACACACUCGCAUCCCACACACUACACACAUACACUCACUGAA